UCCGUCGGGGGCGGGAGCAGCAGAAAAUCGAGCCAGUGUUCUAGUUUUUCCCCUCUCACAUAGAUGCUGCUGCUGGGUCAGUGUCAUGCCGUCUAUUAAUAAUAACACAGCCAGAGCAGCCUCAGCGAGGAGCAGCGAGGGGAGAUCCACGGCACCGUUUCUGCUGUUUGGCUCAGCGAGGAUGAACCAGGACGCACAUUGUGUGACAGAAACCCGGUGCAGUUUCAGCUAGAAAACGACAUCCAAGACAGAAAAAAAAGAAAAGAAAAACGCCCCUUCAUCUUCAUUUUUAUUCGUCUUUUUACGACCUCUUCACAGGUGCCUUUGUGUGGCUCACCUUUCACACAGCUGGCACUCAGUCUCCGGCUCCAGUCGUGCGCUCCGCUGCGGUCAUCCAUCGGCUCAGGCGGCUGCGGCUUGUUGGUAAACACGAAUCGGAUCCCGCCGGCAAGGACUCCCUCUGGUGCAUUGAUGCACCCGUUUCAGUGGUGUAACGGGUGCUUCUGUGGUCUGGGACUGGUUUACUCCAACAAGUCGUGCACCAUGCCGCCCAUCACCUUCCAGGACCUGCCCCUCAACAUCUACAUGGUCAUCUUCGGGACAGGCAUCUUCGUCUUCAUCCUGAGCCUCAUCUUCUGCUGUUACUUCAUCAGCAAACUGCGACACCAAGCCCAGAGCGAGCGGUUUGGAUACAGAGAGGUAGUCUUAAAAGGGGAUCCAAAGAAGCUGAGUCUUCAUGGGCAGACGUGCGCUGUGUGUCUGGAGGACUUCAAAGUGAAAGACGAGCUGGGAGUGUUGCCAUGCCAACACGCUUUCCACAGGAAGUGUCUGGUGAAGUGGCUGGAGGUGCGCUGCGUCUGCCCCAUGUGUAACAAACCCAUAGCCGGCCCCCCGGAGCAGCAACACAGCAUAGGGACUCUGUUAGAUGAACUGGUGUAACCUCCGGACCCCCGCCAGCCCUGGUGGGGAUGCCGGUGCCCGGCAAAAACUAGCAAGUUAGUGACCAACAGGAGGAAGGACACUGUUUUUGCAGUUGAAACCCAUCAGCAAAUCAACAACACGAUGAUGAUAAGUUGGGGUAACCUAGUUACCACCCGGAGGAAGACUCUGAAGGAUGCUGUUGCUUAGCAACAAUCUCCGUGAUGGCAACAUGACACCUUGUAGUGUCUGAGAGAUUAUCUUCAGCCACCCACACAUCACUCCGCCACUCUUCUUUCAAGAUCCCCCCUCUCCACCCGUUCCUUCACAUCUUCUCUUGCUGCCUAGAGUGAGGUUAAUGGCAGCACUGAAGUGGAGGAGACGAUUUUUUCACAGCGACGUGGACAAAUGAGUGUCGAGUGAUGACAGAGCUCUGUGGGCAGCACAGAUCCCCUCUGAGUGUGUACGAGUGUGACGGUGGGCACAGGCAAGAAAUAAUAUCCACUCUGGAGGAGAUUAGUGAAGCUCCUGUGUUAAAAUAAUGACCUCCUAAGCUCUUACAGACAUGAAGAUUUGAGUCAAAUCCUCAGAUACACGCAUUUAUAUUUCCUGCUGGUAGUAGCACAUGGGGCUUUUGUCUUUAGAAAAAAGAACAGGCAGAAGAGGAAUGAGAAAAAAUAUCUGAAGCUGAAGAGAAUAAAUAGCAAAGACAUAUCGUACACGGGGUACACUACUGUAAACUGAAUUUUAAAGAUUUAAUUGAAGUCACAUAAGUUCAUGCCUCAUCAGUAGGAUUUAAAUUAUUCACAUUACUGACGGGGUGCAGCUCAGGCUCUCAUCCACAUGCAGAAAUGUCUUCAUCAAGUCAGCACAGUUUUUCUUGAUAUGAUGCCUAUAAUCCAUCCUGCUGCCCACCGGUGCACUGAUACCGGGACGUUCUACAGACUGUACAUGCUCCAGUUUUUCCACUGGGAUGACUUUUUGUGUGUGUUAAUAUAGAUGGAAGGAACUGACACAUUCUGCCUCUCACUGUAACUGUUUUAAGAAAUAUGUUGUUUGUUUUGUUUUUUGUUUUUUUAGAUAUUGCACUUUGAAUUCACACACACACCCCCACAGACAAAAAGGCAGUAUUCAGGCAUCCAUCCUCCUAAAAUAGUAGACUAAGGUGUGGAUGCAGCGCGGCAGGUUGCUUGUAAAGAAUCUAUGUCUGUGAAGUUUUGAAGCUGAACGAAGCAACAGCAGUGAAUGAAUCAGGAAAGGAACUAAAUCUCCCUUUUUUUUAUACUCAACAUUUUUGUGACAUCAUUGCUGGUGAUCCUGUUUUACAUUCUUCGCUCGUAGUCUUUUUUUCCAGUUACAGUGAUUCCGAAAGCAAAGCACUGCCUAAAUUGAGCACAAAACUCACAAAGCACAUUGUCCAGAUCCAGCAGACACCUGCACUGUAAUUUAAAUGUCUAUGUGCCAAGAAAAGAAAAAAAAGAAAAAAGAAAGCUGAUCCUGUUGCGUUUUCAGUACACAUGAAAGGGAAACAUUCACUCUGAUUCUGGCCACAUUCCACAUUUUGUAAUUCAACAGAUGUAAAUACCUUGGAACAAUAAUAAAAACAGUUGUCUGUUU